CAUCAGGAACAGUUUAUAAUACUAAAGGAAAGUACAAUCAUGUAAUUGUUAACCAUAUCCAACUCAAGAAAUGUUGAAAUGUCCAUAAACCUAAAGUCUGAAAUUAGUUGGAAGAGAAGACUCAAAGACUCCAAUAAAAGAGACACACGCCCCAUAAGAGUGGGCCAGGUUCAGACAUAAGGCCAAGUGUUAAGUAACAUAUAGAACCAACACACUUUACUCUUUCCCCUCUCUCUAUCCCUCUCUUUCAAAUGACGUAAAAGCAAAGCACAGACUUUGCUUCCCCAGAAGAAUUACCAAUCCAAGAAACGCUAAUGAUUCCUCCAAUCCAUUAAACAAUUCAUCUCCCUAAACCCCAUAUCUCUCCUUGAUUCUCUAUUCUUGGUUUUGCACUUGCGUAGACAUAUACUAUUUAUUAUAUGGUAAGGAGAAGAGGAGGAGAAGAAGAGAGCAAACCUGGGAAAGUCAGGGGAGAAUCUGCUGGAGGGAUUGUUGGAUUGCAUCCAUGACAUCUCUGCAGCUCUGGCUUUCUCUAGGAUGACUGAUUCAGCUUACAGAGUAGACACCAUCUCCAGGCUCGCCCAAUGGCGUAUCCUCAACCUCUCUUCCUCCACUUACCGCAAAUCCGAUCCUUUCAAGAUGGGUCUUUGGAACUGGCAUUUGUCUGUGGAGAAAAGCAAGAUGCUAUUAAAUGUUAAGUUGUAUCCAGAAGUAUCCAACCUUGCCAGAGAGAACCCACCUGUUGCUUCCUUUGUUCUUCGUGUUGUCUCUUCCACUGGUGAGAGGAAAGCUUUUUCUCAUCCAGAAGUAAUAGAUAAGAGGAUCAAGACAAACGAAGAUUUCCUCUGGACUAUUGAAGUUCCCUUGACUGGAAAAAUCAUCAUCGACGUCGAGUUUCUUGACCUCAAGGUUCUGUCUCAAGAUAGUGGAGAGUUUUACUCAAUCUGGGCAGACGGUUCAACGCAAAACCAAUCCGAAGUUACAGCGGUAACAUCCCUUGGACGUAUGUUGACAGAAAGCAUUUACACCGACAUAACAAUCAACGCCUCUGAUGGAAGCAUCGGAGCACACCGAGCUGUUCUUGCAGCCCGUUCGCCUGUUUUCCGCAGCAUGUUUCUACAUGACCUGAAAGAGAAAGAACUAUCAGCUAUAAACAUACCGGACAUGCCUCUCGAUGCUUGCAGAGCGUUCCUCAGUUAUAUCUACGGGAACAUCCAGAACGAAGACUUUCUAACGCACAGAUUGGCGCUUCUCCAAGCAGCUGAUAAAUAUGACAUAGCUGAUCUGAAAGACGCGUGCCACAUGAGUCUUGUGGAAGAUAUAGAUGCAAAGAAUGUGCUUGAGAGGCUGCAGAACGCUUAUCUGUAUCAGUUGCCUGAGCUGAAGGCAAGCUGCAUGAGGUAUCUUGUGAAGUUUGGGAAGAUAUUUGAGAUCCGUGAGGAGUUCAACAUAUUCAUGCAAUGCGCAGACAGAGAUUUGAUAUCUGAAGUCUUCCAUGAAGUACUCAGUACAUGGAAAGGGUUUUAAUGGGGUAUGGUGUGUGGUCUCUAUUUAUUUAUGGACACUAUUUGUUUCUGGGUGCAGAAGAAUUUGUUGUACAGAUUACAAAAUGUGGGAUUGGAUUGUUGGUGGGGGUUUUAACUCAAAACCAACCCCAAAACAAGGAAUGUACUGUCUUUGCAAAAGGUUAAAAACAGCAACAAUGUAAAUUCAUGAUUUGAUUGAAUGCAAACUUCAAGUUUUAAUGGUUGACCUAUAACAACACUAGAUUA